CGAUAAAAUUCUCACAUGAUCGCAUUCAAAACAAAAAGUAAAUUUUUAAUAAGUUUUUUUGCUAGGAGUUGAAAUUGUGUAUUUAAAUAAGUAAAAUUAAUAUCAAUUAUUAUUUACCAAUGAAUUCAAAUACGUUAUUAUUAAAGCGCUUAAAUAUAAAUGGAUUGCCACGAAUAUUAUCAAAAAGAUGGUACGCACAAGAGGAAUGGAGAGAUGAUACAAUCGACAUAACCUCAGUAGAAGAGGUACCUAAAUAUAGAGAUUUUUUAACAGAAGAUCAGGAAAAAGAAGUUCUAAGGAAACGAAAUAAAUCACGAUUGAGUGACGAAGAUCGCAAUAGACUGUAUGGUAUCAAACCUUUCAAUAAAAAUUACGAAUGGUAUCAUCAGACUAUCAGGUUCAAGCAGCGGACACUAGGUAGAUAUGGUGUGGAUGCUCUGGAUGUUCCUGUUGGUUGUGCUUGGCCGUCAAAAGAAGACAUUGCUGAUAAAUUGGAGUAUGAAAAAACAGCUUACCCUCAUUCAUUGUGGGAAUGCUGGGAUAUGAUUGCCCAGAAGAAUAAAGAAAAUGCUGAAAAAAUAAUAGAAAGAGAGAAGGACAUUGACGCAAAAUUACUGAAAGUAGCCCGGUGGAAGCAAGAAUUGGAAGCUAAAAUAGCCAAAAAAGAAGCUGAGGUACAAGCUACGAAGGAACGAAAAGAUCGUUUGAUCGCUGAAGUACGUCGCCAAGUAGGUUUCGCAAUAGAUCCACGUGACGAACGAUUCAAGCAACUGCUCGAGGAGAAAGAAAAGGAGGACAAAAAACGUAAGAAAGAAAUGAAGAAAAAGGAUCGUGCUGCUAAAUUUAUGGAAAGGUUAUUAUUGCAAAGUAAAACUUUGGAAGAAACUGCUGCUAAUGCCACAGAGUCUGCAGUUAGUAAAGAUUCUGCAGCAACAGAAAACAAAAGUGAAACAAAUUAAAUGUUAUUAUUAUUAUUAAUAUAAAAUUGAUUAAAAAUAAACUACUUUGUAUUUUAUUAUCAUUUAAUAUUUUAAAAGGAUAAAGUGUUUGGAAAAUUUCAAGUUA